GUCACAUUGGAAUGUACAUCUCUUUUACAAGAAAGCCAAGAAAGCACCAUACAUAGUAAACACAACAUAAAGACAUAACAUAAAACAUAACAAUGAAUGGAAGUUAAAAACGUGCAUAGUGAAAAAGUAAGCUAAAACUGCAGGUUUAAAAACAUUAUCAUUUUUGUGUUUGUCUAUAUAAUAUGGUAUUUACGCUAUGCUCAUAGCCGCACUCACACAUGAAGCAGGAAUGUGACUUUGGCCACACCACAUCCAACUAAGGCUAUUGUAAACAGAAAAGUUGCAAAUCUGAUGUUGAAGAGAGAUAGAUCUGACUAGACAUAUUUUACUAAUGUAAAUCCAUCCUAUGGACUCUACUUUGUUACCUGAAGGCUACAAUCAAUAGACUUAAAUGUACCUGGCUAAGUGAAGAAGAAUAUAAUGCAAGUCUGAGUGGACGAACGAAAAGCAGAGAGAUUGUGAAAGGAAGGAAGGAACGAGCGAGAGAGAGAGUGGGUGGGAGCUCGGCCACUUUUGCCAGCAGUCUGCGUCAGAAGGAGAAAAAAAGGUGGGAGCGGUGCUCUUUCGCUCUGCUCUCUCGUAAGUUGCAAGCAUGUUGGCUUCCUCUUUGGUUUGAAGUCCAGGACAGCGGCACCACACCCCUGGCUGGCCCCCCCUUCCUCCAUACACCCUCACCUUUCACCCGGGCUCUCCCACCUGUCUCUGGAUCCUGCGAGACCCCACUCGGUCCCAGGCCUGAUGCCGGCAAGCCCCCCUGGAAACGUGUUCCCAACCCUGGUGGUUGUAGGACAUAUUGUCACUUUGAUCGCUGUUUGGCAGUGGAGGCAACGUAGGAGGCAGUUAAGAGAAGAUGAACGGGACCGGGUACAGAAAAAGACCUUCACAAAAUGGGUCAACAAGCACUUGAUGAAGCACUGGAGAGCAGAGGCCCAGCGGCAUAUCACUGACCUGUACGAGGACCUCCGAGAUGGACACAACCUCAUCUCCCUGCUGGAGGUGCUCUCUGGAGAGACACUGCCGAGGGAGCGUGACGUUGUCAGGAACUCGCGGUUGCCCAGGGAGAAGGGGCGCAUGCGCUUCCACAAACUUCAGAAUGUACAGAUUGCACUGGACUUCCUCAAACACAGACAGGUCAAACUGGUCAACAUCAGAAAUGAUGACAUCGCUGAUGGAAACCCCAAGCUGACCCUGGGCCUGAUAUGGACCAUCAUCCUUCACUUCCAGAUCUCCGACAUCCAGGUGAAUGGCCAGUCAGACGACAUGACAGCCAAGGAGAAGCUGCUGCUGUGGUCCCAGCGCAUGGUGGAGGGGUACCACGGGAUGCGCUGCGACAACUUCACCACCAGCUGGAGGGACGGCAAGCUCUUCAACGCUGUCAUACACAAACACAGGCCUACUCUGAUUGACAUGAGUAAGGUGUACCGACAGACCCAUGUAGAGAACCUGGAGCAGGCCUUCAGUGUGGCAGAGAGAGACCUGGGAGUUACUCGGCUGCUCGACCCAGAAGAUGUGGAUGUGCCACACCCAGACGAGAAGUCCAUCAUCACAUACGUGUCCUCCCUGUAUGACGUCAUGCCCCGUGUACCUGACGUCCAGGAUGGGGUGAAAGCCAAUGAGCUGGAGCUGCGCUGGCAGGAGUACUAUGAGCUAGUGACCCUGCUGCUGCAGUGGAUCAGACACCACAUCAUCGUGUUUGAGGAGAGGAAGUUCCCUACCAGCUAUGAGGAGAUUGAGGUUCUUUGGCGCCAGUUUCUGAAGUUCAAGGAGACAGAGCUGCCUGCAAAGGAAGCUGACAAGAAUCGAUCCAAACAUGUCUACAAGUCAUUUGAAGGUGCAGUUCAGGUGGGUCAUGUCAAGGUGCCCCCUGGAUACCACCCUAUCGAUGUGGAGAAGGAGUGGGGUCGUCUGCAUGUAGCCAUAUUGGAGAGAGAGCGUCUUCUAAGGACAGAAUUUGAGAGGCUGGAGCGGCUGCAGAGGAUUGUCAGUAAGGUCCAGAUGGAGUCUGGGGUGUGUGAGGAGCAGCUCAACCAGGUUGAGGGCCUGCUACAGAUGGAUGUCCGUUUGCUGAACUCAGGAAAGCCUGCUAUGCACACAGCAGAGGUAGAGACAGACCUGGACAAGGCCGAGGGCAUGAUCCGGUACCUCUUCAACGAUGUGCAGCUGCUGAAGGAUGGACGCCACCUACAAGCUGAACAGAUGUAUCGCAGAGUGUACCGUCUCCACGAGCGGCUGGUGAACCUGCGCAGUGAGUACAACCUGCGCCUGAAGUCCGGGGUAACCACCACCCAGAUACCCAUGUCCCAGAUGCAGACCCUUCAGCAGGCACCCAUAAGGGUGCGUCCCGAGCUGGAUGAGGUGACCCUGCGCUACAUCCAGGACCUGCUGGCCUGGGUGGAGGAGAACCAGAGGCGGGUGGACCGGGGGGAAUGGGGCUCGGACCUGCCCACCGUGGAGUCCCAGCUGGGCAGCCACCGCGGCCUUCACCAGUCAGUGGAGGAGUUCCAUGCUAAGAUUGGCAGGGCAAAAGCAGACGAGAGUCAGCUCUCCCCUGUCAGCAAAGGUGCCUACAGAGACAACUUAUCCAAGCUAGAGUUGCAUUAUGGCAAGCUUCUGAGUUCUUCCAAGGCUCGUCUGCGCAGCCUGGACGGGCUUCAUGCCUUUGUCACUGCAGCCACCAAGGAGUUGAUGUGGCUGAAUGAAAAGGAAGAGGAGGAGGUUAACUAUGACUGGAGCGAACGCAACACCAACAUGACAGCCAAGAAAGACAACUACUCGGGGUUGAUGAAAGAGCUGGAGCACAGGGAGAAGAGGGUCAACAGUGUCCAGGUCCAGGGAGAUAAACUGCUGAAGGAGGGACACCCUGCCAAGAUGACUGUAGAGGCCUUCACUGCAGCCCUGCAGACCCAGUGGAGCUGGAUCCUGCAGCUUUGCUGUUGCAUUGAGUCCCACCUCAAAGAGAACACUGCCUACUUCCAAUUUUUCUCUGAUGUGAAAGAGGCAGAGGAGAAGAUGAAAAAGAUGCAGAAGACAAUGAAGAAGAAAUACACAUGCAACCGAAACAUCACUGUGACAAGACUCGAGGACUUGUUACAGGAUGCAGUUGAUGAGAAGGAGCAACUGAAAGAGUUUAAGACCCAUUUGGAUGGGCUGAACCGGAGGGCCAAGACCAUUGUCCAGCUGAAGCCACGUAACCCAGCGACACCAGUCAAGGGCAAAUUGCCUGUCCAGGCAGUCUGCGACUUCAAACAGAUGGAGCUCACAGUUCACAGAGGGGAGGAGUGUGCACUGCUGGACAACUCUCAGCCGUACAAGUGGAAGGUGCAGAACCCCAAAGGCAGCAAGGCCACCGUGCCCUCCAUCUGUUUCCUGGUUCCUCCCACCAAUAAUGACGCAGUGAGCGGCGUCUCAGGUCUGGACACUAGUCACCAGAACCUGCUGGUCCUGUGGCAGAUGCUGUACGUGGACAUGAAGAGCCUCAUGACCUGGCAGUACCUGAUGAGAGACAUCCACCUCAUCACCUCAUGGAACAUCACCAUGUUUAAGACCCUGAGGGUGGAGGAGUACAGACUAGCUUUGAGGAACCUGGAACUCCAUUACCAAGAGUUCCUAAGAGACAGCCAGGACUCCCAGCUGUUUGGUGCAGACGACCGCAUGCAGGUGGAGAGUGGCUACAACAAGGCUAGCCAGCACUAUGAAGGACUACUGCACUCUGUGGAGAAAGGCUAUGUGUCACCCACUGGAGGUGAGCAAGAUGAAUCUGAGUGCCGGAGCUACCUGACCAAGAUCAAGGACCUGUGUCUGAAGCUGGAGGGCUGUGAGACUCGCACCGUCGCACAUCUGCGACAGCCCGUGGACAAGGAGCCGCUCAAGGCUUGCGCCCAGAGGACCGCUGAGCAGAAGAAAGUCCAGUCAGAGUUGGAGGGCUUGAAGAAAGACCUGACCAAUGUGGCUGAGAAGACAGAGGAGGUGCUGGCAUCUCCUCAGCAGUCCAUCUCCAACCCGGUACUGCGCUCUGAGCUGGAUAUUACGCUGAAGAAGAUGGAGCACAUUUACAGCCUGUCCUCCGUGUACCUGGACAAACUGAAGACCAUCGACAUAGUGAUCCGCAGCACAAAGGGAGCAGAGGACACCCUCAAAAAGUAUGAAGCCCGUUUACGAGACGUCAACAAGAUGCCAACAGAUGAAAAAGAGGUGGAGAACUACCACACCCAGCUAAAGACAAUGCGUGGCGAGGCAGAGGAUGACCAGAAGACGUUCGACAAUCUCCAGGUGGAACUGAAGAAGGCGGCGGCCGUGAAUGAGAGGAUUAAGCUGGUCCACAGCGAGCACAACACCGAGCUGGAACACUACCGCCAGCUAGUGGCCGGGCUAGAGGAGCGCUGGCAGGUCGUGUUUGCCCAGAUAGACCUGCGCCAACAGGAACUGGACUUGCUGGGGAGGCAGAUGUGCGCCUACCACGAGAGCUAUGACUGGCUCAUCAGAUGGCUCUGUGAUGCCAAGCAAAGGCAGGAGAAGAUCCAGGCCAUGCCCAUCGGCGACAGCAAGGCCCUUAUGCAACAGUUGGCACAGGAGAAGAAACUCCUAGAAGAGAUCGAGAAGAACAAAGACAAGGUUGAGGAGUGUCAAAAACAUGCAAGGGCAUAUAUUGAUGCAGUCAAGGACUAUGAGCUUCAGGUGGUGAUGUACAAAGCUCUGGUGGAGCCCCUGGCAUCGCCCCUUAGGAAAACCAAAAUGGAGUGCGCAUCUGACAAUAUAAUCCAAGAGUAUGUGACUCUGAGAACCCGCUACAGUGAGCUAAUGACUCUGACCAGCCAGUACAUCAAGUUUAUCACGGAGACACAGCGCCGUCUUGAGGACGAGGAGAAAGCUACUGAAAUACUAAAGAAGGAGGAGAGAAAAAAGUUGUCUGAGAUGCAGGCUGAAUUAGACAAACAAAGACAGUUAGCUGAGGCGCACGCAAAAGCUAUCGCUAAAGCGGAAAAAGAAGCCCAAGAGCUCAAGUUGAAAAUGAAAGAAGAGGUCAGCAGGAGGGAGGUUGUGAAAGUGGAUUCUGAGAAACAGAAGCACAACAUACAGCAGCAGCUGCACGAACUCAAGAAUCUGUCAGAGCAAGAGAUCCAAUCCAAGAGCCAGCAGGUUGAGGAGGCACUGUAUAGUCACACCAAGAUAGAAGAAGAGAUCCACAUCAUCAGAAUCCAAUUAGAGACCACCAUAAAGCAGAAGGCCACUGCUGAGGCCCAAGUUCAGCAGCUCAGGGACAUGGCUGUCGAGGCUGAGAGACUGAGGAAAGUUACUCAGGAGGAGGCAGAGAAGCUUCGCAAGCAGGUGAAUGAAGAGACUCAGAAAAAGCGCAAUGCGGAGGAGGAGCUGAAACACAAAGCAGAGGCAGAACAAGAGGCUGCCAAGCAAAAGCAGAAGGCCCUGGAUGAGGUGCAGAAGUUCAAGAUGCAAGCUGAAGAGGCAGAGAGGCGCAUGAAACAGGCAGAGGAGGAAAAGCAGAGGCAGGUCAUGGUUGCAGAGGAGGUGGCACAGAAGAGUGCCGCCACCGAGCUGCAAACCAAACGCAUGUCCUUUAAUGAGAAGGCAGUAAAGCUCGAGGCGUCACUGAAACAAGAACAGGACACUGUUAUUCAGUUGCAGGAACAGGCAGAGCGCCUCAAGAAGCAACAAGAGGAAGCCAACAAAGCCAGGGAGGAAGCAGAGAAGGAACUUGAGAAGUGGAGGCAGAAAGCCAAUGAGGCACUCCGUUUGAGACUCCAGGCUGAGGAAGAUGCCCAUAAGAAGAGCCAGGCUCAGGAGGAAGCAGAGAAGCAGAAAGAGAAAGCUCAGCGAGAGGCAAAGAAAAGGGCUAAGGCUGAAGAGGCUGCUCUUAAGCAAAAGGAAAUGGCAGAGAAGGAGCUGGAGAAACAGAGGAAAUUGGCAGAGGGAAUGGCCCAGCAGAAACUCUCUGCAGAGCAAGAGCUAAUUCGCUUAAGGGCUGACUUUGACCAUGGUAAGCAACAGAGGUCUCUAUUGGAUGAAGAGCUCCAGCGCCUGAAAAAUGAGGUGAAUGCUGCUGUAAAACAAAGGAAAGAGCUAGAAGACGAACUGGCCAAAGUAAGACGUGAAAUGGAAGUUCUUCUUCAGAUGAAGUCCAAAGCUGAGAAGGAGACCAUGUCUACAACAGAGAAAAGCAGAAAUCUCCUUGAGUCUGAGGCAUCGAAAAUGAGGCAACUAGCUGAAGAGGCGACUAAGCUGAGAUCAAUUGCUGAAGACGCAAAGAAGCAGAGGCAGAUAGCAGAAGAUGAGGCAGCUCGGCAAAGAGGAGAGGCUGAGAAGAUACUCAAGGAAAAACUGGCAGCCAUUAAUGAAGCAACUUGUCUGAAAACUGAAGCUGAGAUUGCCCUGAAGGAUAAAGAGGCAGAAAAUGAGCGACUUAGGAGAAAAGCCGAAGAUGAGGCUUAUCAGAGAAAGAUCCUGGAAGACCAAGCAAAACAGCACAAGCAAGACAUUGAUGAAAAGAUCACCCAGCUUAAGAAUACUUCUGAUUCUGAAUUGGAGAGGCAGAAGAAGAUUGUAGAGGAAACUCUUAAGCAGAGGAGGGUGGUCGAAGAGGAGAUUCGCAUACUAAAACUAAACUUUGAGGAGGCAUCAACAGGCAAGUUGGAUCUUGAGUUGGAGUUGAACAAGCUUAAAGGCAUUGCAGAUGAGACACAUAAGAACAAAGUCAAGGCAGAGGAAGAAUCAGAGAAACUCAGAAAGCAUGCUUUAGAGGAGGAGAACAAAAGGAAGCAAGCUGAAGAGAAAGUAAAAAAGAUCACUGCAGCAGAGGAAGAGGCAGCGCGACAAUGCCAGGCAGCUCAGAAAGAAGUUGAGCGCCUCAAAAAGAUUGCUGCUGAUGCUAACAAGCAAAAGGAGGAUGCUGACAAAGAAACAGAGAAACAGAUUAGUCUAGCCAAAGAGGCUGCACAGAAAUGUAGUGAUGCAGAAAAGAGAGCACAGGCUGUUCUGGUCAAGCAGAAAGAGGACAAUCUUUUCCAGGGCAAGCUCAAAGAGGAGUUUGACAAGGCUAAGAAUCUUGUACAAGAAGCUGAGAAGGCGAAGGAGAAAGCUGAGAAAGAGGCUGCUUUACUCCGUCAAAAAGCAGAGGAUGCUGAGAAGCAGAAGAAAGCAGCUGAAGCUGAGGCUGCCAAACAGGCCAAGGCUCAGGGGGAUGCUGAGAGACUGAGGAUGGCAGCAGAGCAGGAGGCUGCAAAGCAAGCUGAGGCUGAGGCUGCUGCUCUGAAACAGAAACAGCAGGCAGAUGCAGAGAUGGCCAAGCACAAAAAGCUAGCUGAACAAACAGUGAAGCAGAAGAAACAAGUUGAGCAGGAGCUGACAAAGGUGAAACUGCGACUGGAUGAGACUGAUAAGCAGAAAUCUGUUUUGGAUGAAGAGCUUCAGCGCCAGAAGGAUGAAGUUAGCAAUGCUGUCAAGCAGAAAGCUCAAGUGGAGGAUGAGCUAUUCAAGAUCAAGGUCCAGAUGGAGGAGCUGGUCAAACUUAAGCUUAGAAUUGAGAAUGAAAACCAGCGUCUCAUGAGUAAAGACAAAGAUAAUACUCAGAAAUUCCUGGAAGAGGAAGCUGAGAACAUGAAGAAGCUUGCGGAGGAUGCUGCCAGGCUAAGCUUAGAAGCUCAGGAGGCAGCCCGAGAGAGACAGAUUACAGAGUCCGAGCUUGAAGAACAGAGGGCUCUUGCUGACAAAAUGCUGAAGGAGAAAAUGCAAGCUAUCCAAGAAGCAGCUAAACUGAAAGCUGAGGCAGAGAAUCUCCAGAAACAAAAGGACAAGGCUCAGAAGCAGGCCCAAAAACUGCUGGAGGACAAGCAGCAGAUGCAGCAACGUUUUGAGGAGGAGACAGAGGGCUUCCAAAAAUCCCUAGAGGCUGAGCGCAAGAGGCAGCAUGAAGCUACGGUGGAGGCAGAGAAACUGAAGCUUAGGGUGACACAGCUUAGUGAUGCUCAGUCUAAAGCAGAAGAGGAGGCCAAAAAAUUCAAGAAACAAGCAGAUGAGAUCAGGGUUCGUCUCCAAGAGAAAGAGCAACAUGCUUCAGAAAAAGUAAUUGUAGAGAAACUGGAGGUGCAGAGAUUACAGAGCAGCAAAGAGUCUGAUAACCUACGCAAAGCCAUAGCUGACCUUCAGAAAGAAAAUGAGAAAUUACAAAAAGAGGCUGCAGAUCUACAGAACAAGUCUAAAGAGAUGGCCAAUGCCCAACAGGAACAAAUUAAAAAGGAAAAGAUCGUUCUUGAGCAGACUUUCCUGACAGAAAAACAAUUGUUGUUGAAAAAAGAAAAGCUCAUUGAAGAAGAGAAAAAUAAGCUUGAGAAACAGUUUGAGGAUGAGGUUAAGAAGGCCAAAGAUCUCAAAGAUGAGCAGGAUCGUCAAAGGAAGCAGAUGGAACAGGAGAAGAAGAAACUCCACGCUACCAUGGAUGCCGCUGUUAAAAAGCAGAAGGAUGCUGAGGAGGAGAUGUGCAACAAGCAGAAAGAGAUGCAGGAUCUUGAAAAGAAAAGGCUUGAACAAGAGAAAUUGUUGGGUGAGGAGAAUGAAAAGCUUCGAGAGAAGCUGCAGCAACUUUCUACAUUAAAGAAAUCAGCAACAUCCCACACUAAAGAAAUGGAGAUGCAAACAGAUGAGGUCCCUGAAGAUCAGCUAAUUGCAAUGACAAUGGUGGGAACUACAAAGAAAGUAUUCGAUGGGUCUGCAGUAGUAGAUGGUGAGAAGAAAAACGAAGAAUCACCAUUUUCUUUUGAUGGGAUUAGGGAGAAGGUUCCUGCCAGCAGGCUCCAUGACAUUGGUAUACUGAACAAGAAGGACUUUGAUAAGCUGAAAAAAGGCAAAACCACAGUGAAAGACCUGAGCAAGACUGAGAAAGUCAAAACAUGUCUCAAAGGCAAGAAUAGUGUUGGCGGAAUCUUGACUGCAGCCAAACAAAAAAUGAGUGUGUAUCAGGCCAUGAAAGAGAAUAAACUUUCUCCUGGCGCUGCCACAAUGCUUCUUGAAGCUCAGGCAGCAUCUGGGUACAUCAUCGAUCCAGUGAAAAACAGAAUGCUCACUGUGGAUGAAGCUGUAAAGGAGGAAUUAAUAGGUCCAGAACUCCAUAACAAAAUGCUUUCUGCAGAAAAAGCAGCUACUGGUUACAAAGAUCCUUACACUGGAGACAAAAUCUCACUCUUUGAGGCCAUGAAAAAAGGUCUGGUUGAACAAGACCAGGCCUUUAGACUUCUGGAUGCUCAGAUUGCAACUGGUGGAAUAAUUGACCCUGUCAAUAGUCACCGUGUACCUCUCCAGACAGCCUAUAAGCAGGGCCAAUUGGAUGCUGAGAUGAGCAAAACUCUAUCAAACCCUACUGAUGACGCAAAGUUAUUCAUUGACCCAAGCUCUCAGGAGAGCCUCACUUAUCAGCAACUAUUGGAAAAAUGCACCCCAGAUGCAGAGACAGGCCUACUUAUGUUACCAAUCACAGAGAAAGCUACACAAAGUGACAAGACUUAUACAACUGAAGAAACUAAAUAUGUACUCACUAAAGCGAAUAUCUCUGUACCAUUUGGAAGAUUCCAAGGAAAGACUGUGACCAUUUGGGAAAUCAUUAACUCAGAGUAUUUCACAGAGGCACAGAGGAAGGAUCUGAUUCGCCAGUACAAGACCGGAAAAAUUACUGUUGAAAAAAUUAUCAAAAUUGUAAUUAGCGUUGUGGAAGACAAAGAGAAGGGGAAUGAAAUUGUGUUUGACGGUCUGAGGAUUCCUGUCACUGCAGCUGAACUUCUAGAAUCUAAGAUCCUCAAUAAAGACCUGUUCAACAAAUUGCAUAAUGGUAAAACAACUGUCAAAGAAAUCUCUGAGAUGGAGCCUGUUAAGAAAGCCUUAAGGGGAACACAUAGCAUUGCUGGAGUGAUCGUUGAGUCAACAAAUGAGAAAAUACCAUUCUAUCAAGCUGUAAAGGAACAGAUGCUCUCUCCCGAGACUGCAUUGACUCUUCUUGAGGCUCAAGCUGGGACUGGAUUUGUAAUGGACCCUGUCAAAAAUCAGAAGCUCACUGUGGAUGAGGCUGUUAAAUCAGGUCUUGUUGGCCCAGAGAUGCAUGAAAUACUUAUGUCUGCAGAGAGAGCUGUUAAUGGGUACAAAGAUCCCUACACUGGAAAGAAUCUAUCCCUAUUUGAGGCAAUGUUGAAAGACCUCAUUAAGAAAGACCAGGGUAUCCGUCUGCUAGAGGCUCAGCUUGCAACUGGAGGUAUAAUUGAUCCAGUUAAAAGUUAUCACAUCCCACAUGAUGUUGCCUGCAAACGUGGAUAUUUUAACGAUGAAACAAACAAGACCUUGAGCAACAACACUGAUGAAACUAAAGUCUUCUUUGAUCCUAACAUGUGGGAGAAUGCAUCUUAUGUACAACUCAUGAAUAAAUGUGUCACUGACGAAGAGACUGGUUUUCCAUUUCUUCCGCUUUCAGAGAAAGCAAUUCAAAAGUCAAAAGAGGAACAUUAUAAGUCAAAAGAGGAACAUCAAUAUACUGAGGUCCAGAUCAAAGAUGCCCUGAACCAGGCAACUAUGGAGCUGCCGUAUGGACCUUUCAAAGGAAGGAAAGUCACUAUUUGGGAGAUCAUAAACUCUGAAUAUAUUACAGAGGAACAAAGAAUCGAGUUGAUUCGACAGUACAGAACUGGAACAGUGACUAUUGAAAGAAUGAUUACAAUCAUUGUCACAAUGGUUGAUGAAAAGGAGGACAAGAAACAGGAAAAGGAACAGGCCAGCUUUGAAGGGCUUAGGUCAUCUGUCACUGCCAGCUCAUUGUUUGAAUCCAAAAUAAUUGAUAAAGCUACAUAUGAUCAACUCCAACAGGGUAAAAAGAAACCCAAAGAAAUCAGUGGCAUUGACUCAGUCAGAAAGUACUUGCAAGGAACAGAUGGACAGAUUGUAGGCAUCUAUAUGGGUGAUUCAAAGGAAAAGGUUAGCAUUUAUCAAGCAAUGAAGAAGAACAUACUGAGACAAAAUACAGGUCUUUCGUUGCUCAAGGCACAAGCAGCAACCGGUUUCAUUAUCGAUCCUGUCAAAAACCAGAGGUACACUGUGGAUGAUGCUGUGAAAGCAGGAGUUGUUGGUCCUGAGGUUCACGAGAAACUUCUGUCAGCAGAGAAAGCAGUGACUGGUUACAGAGAUCCAUACACGGGCAACACGAUUUCCCUCUUCCAAGCCAUGAAGAAGGAGCUUGUGCUACGAGAACAUGCUAUUCCCCUGUUGGAAGCUCAGGUGGCCACAGGAGGGAUUAUUGAUCCAGUCAGCAGCCACUAUGUUCCAAAUGAUGUGGCCUUCCAACGUGGCUAUUUCAAUAAGCAGAUGGCUAAUAACUUCACUGACCCCUCAGGGGAUAUCAAAGCUUUCAUUGAUCCCAACAAUAAUGAAAGUUCCACCUACAAACAACUGCAAGAGAAAUGCAUAAGAGAUCCAGAUACCGGUCUGUGCUUCCUGCCGCUAUCAAAGGCUGAAGCUCAAAGUCCAGUGGAAAAGUCAUACAUAUACACAGAAGAAAUGGCACAGACAGACUUGACUAACACUCAAGUGGAUAUCCCUCAUCAGAGCUAUGCAGGGAAGGUAAUGACCCUAUGGGAUGUCAUGGGGUCAAACCUUCUCCCUGAGGAGGAAAAGCUAAGGCUCCUGGAGCAGUAUCGCCUCGGGCAAAUCACAAAGGAGAGAAUGAUCAUCAUCGUCAUUGAAAUCAUUGAACAAAGGGAGAUACUGAAAGGAGAGCAGAGCAUGUCCUGUGAUGUGAUCAGACGAAGAGUCACUAUUGAGGAGCUCUAUAGUUCUCGCAUUAUCGACCUUCAAACAUACAACAUGUUGAAGCAAGAGAAGAAAACUAUCCGUGAGGUAAUGGAAAUGCCGUCUGUAAAGCAGUAUUUGUUUGGCACAGGCAGUAUUGCUGGAAUCCUCUCAGACUCCCCCUCUAAGGUUAGUAUUUACCAGGCCAUGAAGAGAGGUCUCAUUAAGCCUGAUUUUGCUAUCAGUCUCCUGGAGGCCCAAGCAGCAACAGGAUUCAUCAUUGACCCUGUGAAAGAAGAAUUGCUAACAGUUGACGAAGCUGUGCGCAAAGGGCUAGUCGGCCCUGAAAUCCAUGACAAACUUCUCUCUGCCGAGAGGGCAGUCACUGGCUACAAGGAUCCUUACAGUGGAAAAGUAAUCUCUCUCUUCCAAGCGAUGAAAAAAGACCUUGUUCCUGAGGACUAUGCCCUGAGGCUUCUUGAAGCCCAGGCUUCCACUGGGGGACUUAUGGAUCCAGAAUACUACUUCCACCUUCCCACAGAUGUUGCAAUGCAACGAGGAUACAUCAAUAAGGAAACGCACGACAGGAUCACAGAUCCAAACAGUGAUGUACAAGGUUAUGUUGAUCCAACCACAGAGGAGAGACAGAGCUAUGCCCAGCUGCUGAAGAAAUGCAAAGCUGAUAAAGAGAGUGGUCUGCGAUUACUUUCACUGGCCGACAGAAGGCUGCUUUUCAAGGGUCUCAGAAAGCAAAUCACCUUAGAUGAGCUGCUUCGUUCACAGAUUAUUGACCAAAAGACAUACAAUGAUCUCAUUGAAGGCCUUAUCUCAGUAGAAGAGGUCAGCAAAGAAGUGAAGAAGUACCUUGAGGGCACAAGCUGCAUUGCUGGAGUAUAUGUAGAAUCCAGCAAAGACCGUCUGUCCAUCUACCAAGCAAUGAAAAAGAACAUGAUAAGACCCGGGACAGCCUUUGAACUUCUUGAAGCUCAAGCAGCAACAGGAUAUAUAAUUGACCCAAUAAAGAACCUGAAGCUGAAUGUCGGUGAAGCUGUUAAAAUGGGAGUCGUUGGUUCAGAGUUCAAAGACAAGCUCAUCUCUGCUGAGCGUGCUGUUACAGGCUACAGGGAGCCAUACUCUGGCAAGAACAUCUCUCUAUUCCAGGCCAUGAAAAAGGGUCUCAUUCUGAAAGACCACGGCAUUCGCCUAUUGGAAGCCCAAAUUGCCACUGGUGGGAUCAUUGAUCCAGAAGAGAGUCACCGCUUGCCAGUCGAGAUGGCCUACACACGUGGCCUGUUUGAUGAGGAGAUGAAUGGCAUUCUUACAGACCCAUCUGAUGACACUAAAGGCUUCUUUGACCCUAACACUGAGGAGAACCUCACUUACCUGCAGCUGAUGGAGCGAUGCAUGAUUGACCCGGAAACUGGACUAGCACUUUUGCUGUUAAAAGAAAAGAAACGUGAGAGGAAGACAUCCUCUAAAUCAUCUGUGCGUAAACGCAGAGUAGUCAUUGUUGACCCAGAGACAGGCAAAGAGAUGUCUGUGUAUGAGGCAUAUCGCAAAGGACUUAUAGAUCAACAGACCUACAUGGAGCUUGCAGAGCAGGAGUGUGAGUGGGAGGAGAUUACUAUCUCCUCAUCUGAUGGUGUUGUGAAGUCCAUGAUCAUUGAUAGAAGGUCUGGCCGACAGUAUGACAUUGAUGAUGCAAUCACAAAGGGCCUCAUUGACCAGUCUGCUCUGGAUCAAUACCGUGCUGGAACUCUGUCCAUCACAGAGUUUGCAGACAUGUUGUCCGGAAACAUAACUGGCACCAGAUCCAGGUCAUCCUCUUUUGGGUCCACAUCAUCUUACUCCAGUAGCCCAGCUCCGUCUAUCAAACCCCCAGCAACAAUAUGGAAUGACCCAACAGAAGAAACCGUGCCUGUGGCUGGAAUACUGGAUACUGACACAUUGGAAAAGGUGUCUGUCACAGAAGCCAUGCACAGAAAUCUUGUGGACAAUAUCACAGGUCAAAGAUUGCUGGAGGCUCAGGCUUGCGCUGGUGGCAUCAUUGAUCCAAACACUGGAGAGAAGUUCUCAGUUUCAGAUGCAAUGAACAUGGGACUUGUGGAUAAGAUCAUGGUUGACCGAAUCAACCUGGCACAGAAGGCCUUCAAUGGAUUUGAGGAUCCCAGAACCAAAAAAAAAAUGUCUGCUGCACAAGCAUUAAAAAAAGGGUGGUUGUACUAUGAGGCUGGUCAGAGAUUCCUGGAAGUACAAUAUCUAACUGGUGGUUUGAUCGAACCAGAGGUCACUGGCAGAGUUCCACUAGACGUUGCAGUCAACAAGGGCACCCUAGAUGCACGUACUGCACAAAAGCUACGAGAUGUCAGUGGAUACUCCAAAUACCUCACCUGCCCAAAGACAAAGCUUAAGAUCUCAUACAAGGAUGCCAUGGAUAGAAGCAUGAUUGAGGAGGGUUCUGGUCUGCGUCUGUUGGAAGCCUCUUCUCAGUCAAGUAAAGGCCUUUACAGUCCCUACAGUGUUAGCGGUUCUGGGUCAGCAUCCGGUUCCCGGCCCGACUCAAGAACUGGCUCCAGGUCAGGCUCCAGACGAGGGAGCUUUGAUGCCACAGGCUCUGGUUUCUCCACUAACUUUUCCUCCUCCUCCUUCAGCUCGACGAGCUAUGGGCGCAGAUAUAAUGCAGGAUUACAAAGCGGACUUAGCAUGGAUGAGCUAGCACAGGCCCUGACAUCAUUAGCAAUGGGCAGGAACUGCAGUUCUGAAGAGAGAAUAUUCACCACAAUACAACCAAAUUACUCACCAGUUGCCUAAUUCUUAUUAGAAAAAUAGACUACCUUUAUUCUGCUCUGCAUGUUGUUAUUAUGGGGCUUUUCAGCAGUAUAUUAUAUACAUCUUUUUGCUGGCUUUACAUUUUGUCCAUAGUUUAUUCAGUUCAAUUUUUUUAAGUACAUUUUCGGUUGCUCUCUUUUGUUUUGUGUAGUCUGAGAAGUCACAUUUUUGUAGACUUUAAUGGCAAUGUUGCCAUUAUUUAUAUGCUUACAUACAGAAGAGCUGUAUUCAACCUAUUAUCUUUUUAUUUUUAGCAACUACAAUGAUAUUGAUAAUAACGUUUACAGUGUUAGACAUAUUGACAUAUUUUUUUUAUUUUUAAGCCAGCUUGUUAUUAGUUCUAAUUCAUUAUACUUCUAUAGUUACAUUUUCAGACAUUUGAGUAAAAAUUAUAUUUAGAUUUUUUUAGAUAUAUUUCUGUUAAAUUCCAUCAAAGAAAGAACAAUAUCUAUUAUAAAGUAUACCUUUUUAUGGCAAAACAAAUUAGAUGUAAAAGCUGUUAAACUGAUAUCUGUCAUUACAAAUAUAUAGAAAUGGAAAGGAAAGCAUCCAAUCUGCAGAGUAGAAUAAGGAGUCACAGGACAAUUAAUUAUUAUAACACUGGAAGAAAUGCUUAAACAAAAACCAAGCUUCAAGAACUUUUCUCAUCUCGGCUACAGUGCCGCUAAUGUUUGGAUUCUACCUAUCCCCUUCUUGUAAUAUACAAUGGACUACCAAUCAGUUAAAACUAUGCAGUCUUUAUACAGUCAAGCACCUUAUGGAGAGAGCAUUCCAAGGAUGGCAAUCCCAACAUAAUAAAAUCUGGACAAACUCACUUGAAGUGAAAGAUGCCCCAAAUCACCAUGAAACAGCUUGGUCUCAUCUCAAGCUGAAAUAACUUCUCAGCAGAACCAUUGCUUCUCUGGAGACUUUUGAAAGCCAUCUCCACUCCUCCUCUGUGUGCUGAUGCUUUGAUGUCUUCCAAUAUCCUGAGACCCUCAAGUCAAAAAGAAGAACUACCUGAGAUCACCGGCAAUGUUCACACUCAAGACUGCACCAUAAUUUGUUUUAGACUUUUUAUUUUUCAGCCAUUUAUUAAAAAAUAAAGGAUGAUGUUGAUGUUAACUAAGCAAAAUCGAAUUAAUCACUGUACUGCUUUGACCGUCUUCAGCCUUGCUUCUAACUUUGACCCUAUGCCUGCUCACCUACACCUGAUCUCAGUAACAGUCUUAACCACCGCCACACAAACCACAAUUGCUGUAAGUGCCUGCAUAUUCAAUGCAUCAAAGGGUUGCAUAGGUUACAAGGUGUGAAUUGUACUGUAAAUUGAGUGAUUCACAACUGGAGAAAAAACUGAUACACACUUCCCAUAGUUAAAAUUAUAUAUUAUCAUUAUUAUCAGGUAUUUCCCAAGUUCAUGGCACAAUUUAUGCAUCAUACGGUAUUCAUACCGCAUCAAAACCCUUUUAUUUCUAUAUAAUAAAACUAAGAACAUUUGUACAGGGCUAAUACUUAAAUAAAUGUUUAGAGAUAAAAAUAAUUAUAACAUUUGAAAUAUACUGACAAGCUAUGUACUGUACACUGUAUUAUACACUGAAUGUACAAAACAUUAUGCACACCUUCCUAAUAUUGAGUUGCACCCCAUUUUGCUCUCAGAACAGCCUCAUUUCGUCGGUGCAUGGACUACAAGGUGUUGAAAGCGUUCCACAGUGAUGCUGGCCCAUGUUGACUUUAAUGCUUCCCACAGUUGUGUCAAGUCAGCUGGAUAUCCUUUGGGUGGUGGACGUAUGGGAUUGAUACACAUGGGAAACUGUUGAGCGUGAAAAACCCAGCAGGGUUGCAGUUCUUGACACACUCAAACCGGUGCACCUGGCACCUAUUACCAUACCACGUUCAAAGGCAGGUAAAUCUUUUGUCUUGCCCAUUCACUCUCUGAAUGGCACACAAAAUCCAUGUCUCAAUUAGCUCAAGGCUAAAAAAUACUUAUUUAACCUGUCUCCUCCCCUUCAUCUACACAGAUUAAAGUGGAUUUAACAGGUGACAUCAAUAAGGGAUCGUAGCUUUCACCUGGCCAGUCUAUCAUGGAACGAGUAGGUGUUCCUAAUGUUUUGUACACUCAGUGUCUAUUUGAAAAAUAUCUUUAAGCUUAAUCACUUGUUGCCUCCUAAACCAGUGUUCAUAUUUUCCACCACAAUUGUUUGUUUUAUUGUUCCUUAAAAGUACUUUCCUUUGUAAAUCAUCUAAAUUUCCAUAUUAUUGUUUUGCAUGUUUGAUCCCCCUUUAAAUGACGUUCAGUUUAUGAAGGCUUUAGCACUACAUAAAUGUGUUAAAGUAUCUAUGACCGUAUGUCAUGCUUUGUAAAGGGUUCAUAAAUGUGGCAUAACUGUGACAUAAUCAGCAUUAGUUAGGGUUAGGUUUAAAAUACAAUUUUAAGAAGAUCAAUUGUGGAAAUGGGCAAGGUUUAGCCAUAAUUGACUAUUUUUACUGUGUUAACUAGUGAUGAUAAGUACUUUACUCUGUAAGGUCAGCCCUAUAGAAUUCUAUGGUCACUCCACUAAGGCCAGCUUUGAAUGGUUGAUAUCACAGGCUUAAAUGUGCGGUGUGUUCAAUAAUCUAGGGACGUCAUUACACCAAGAAACACUUACCUUGAUGAAAGCCCCCAACCUAAAAAUAUUGAAAAUGGCUGUCUUCUGGCGCAAAGUUACAUGUUCCUCAGUACACAAACACGCACACAACAAAAACAAGCCAUACCUUGAGGUGUUGGGCCCAUCAGGUCUUUGCAUCAGACCAUUUAAAUACCUCUUACACCCUUUGGAUCAUGAGAGAACCUUCAUAAUUCAGUCGAACGUUAAUAACCUAUUUAUUGACACUAUGUAGUGUCCUGUAAUACUUAGUUUGAAGUAAGACACCUUUUGUCAUUCAUACCACAUCCAUAAAGACUCUAUAUUGCAUGACGCCAGACCGCUUUGGUGAUUUAUAACACAUACAUAAAUGCCUUGUAUCAUAUGAAGCUGUACUUACUAUAAAGUCAGACACCUUUGGUCAUUCAUAACAGACCCAUAAAGGCUUAAUGAUGUAAACACAAAUGUAUUAACACUUAAGAAAUUAUCACUAAAAGCUAAAACAAAUAAACAUUAAAGACAAAUACAUUAAGUUUCAAAAAGUCCAACAAAGCAAUUAUAUUGAACAUUACACGGGACUGUGAAUAGUGUAGUUUGUCCCUGAGCUAGUGGAUUAAUGGUUCUUGCCUCUCUGCCUGCUGGAGGUACUGCAUGUUGGUUCCAACCUUAAAAGUAACAACAAAGAAAGUUGCAUGUCUGUUUUUUUUGUGCAGCGCCAGAAAUUUGAUUCGUAUUAUUAUAUUAUUUAAUGUACAAAUCUGAUGACAUGACUAUGAGACAUGUCUGUAUCUAAGGGGAUUUUUAUUUAGCUGAGCCUGCUGGCUAGCUAGCGAAAUUAUUUUAAAUAACGACUGAGGUAGCUACAGUAUGGAAUAUAACUCAACACAACUACUAAUUUAAAUUACAAUGAAUAAAGGUUAACUUGUUUUUCACUGUCCAGUGGCACCACAAUUGGGCAUUUUCAUUUGCGAACUCAUCACAUGAUCAGCAUCUUGUCGGUAACACUAAAAAAAUACUUCCGGGUCACGGAAUUUAGGAAUUCUAUCAAAUAAAAGUACGUCAUGUAUUGAAUUCAUAGUAUAAAAGUGUCAAUAAUCUGUAUUCAUGAUAUAUGAAAAAUAGUUGUCUAAACAUUAACAAUGUUUCAUAUAUCUUCAUAUAUAAGUGACAUUUGUAUUAAAUUUGGAAUGCGAAUCACUGUACAGUGUAUGGUACGGAGUGUUGCUGGCCUUUUACUCCACCCAUUCCAUUGGUGGUCAUAAUGCUAAUCACUGCACAUAAUCAUCACAUGUGCCAUUGUUCCAUAAAACAAAAAGCCCUCUAACCAAACAACAAUGCAGGGCAUUAAAGGGUAACUACACUCAAAAUAUAAGUUUCUUAGAUUUUUCACAUACCUCAAAAGUCAUCCCCUGAUGCGGUUUAAGCAUUGUUGUGAAGACAGAAAAUCAAAUGUUGUAGUUUUUGAAUUAAAAACGUGUGAAAAAAAAUAGGGAGAACCUGAAACAAUUGGGGAAAUCUGAAACCUGGAAAAACAAAACUGAGAACAUUUUAUUUGGGAAAAGAAAACGGAACUAGGCAAAAAAUCUAAACGGAUUUUAAAAUGCCUCACCAACGUGUUUUGCUGUGCAUGACUGCACAGAGUGUGUGUCAACCUGCAGCACAGUAUUUUGGGGAAAGUUGAGGUCUGGUCCAAUAUUGACUAUGCACACAAGAGGGAAAGAAGUUGGGCCAUCCUAGAAAUGUUUUAAAAUAAUAUCAAAUUUAGCAGACGCUUUUAUCAAAAGUGACUCACAGUCAUGCGUGAAUAUAUUUUUUUGUAUGGGUGUUUUCAGGAAUCGAACCCACUCUCCUGGCGUUGCAAUGCUCUACCAAGAUGCAUGACAGGGUUAUAAAUGCUUUGUGAAGCUUCAAUUUAAUAUGAUUUAUAAAGCCUUUAUUAAGCGGUGCUUAUGCCAUCGUUUAUAAAGUACAGGUUUGUCAUAUUUGACAUAGUGGGUUAUGUCACAUGUGAGAUUGGUGGUUAUGUCACACAGUUAUGCCACAUUUAUGAACCCUUUAUAAAGCAUGACAUAUGCUUGCAGAUUAUUUGUAACACAUGUAUGUAGUGUUUGAAGCCUUUAUAAGCUGUACGUCAUUUAAAGCGGGACAUUUAACUUGGUUGAAAAUAUAAAGAGUUGUAUCCAUUUGAGAAUACAUUUUUGGUUGUGAAGGCUUUUAAAAAUGUUUGAAGGAUUUACUUUAAAGUUGGGUUAUCAGGCAUGCUUACAAUGGCAUUUUGAAAGGGUGACAUUGUAUUUUAAUGUAACACCUAACAGAAUGUAAAUAAACUUAUGAGGCAUCAACACAAAAGUC